GCCCCCAGGAAGCCCCAGAGAGGACAUCUCCCUUCCCAGCCAUGGGCCCCCACCUGCUCCUGCUGCUGCUUCUGGGACUAGCAGGCCAGGGCUCGGCUGGCAGCCUCCCUGAGCUGCUGCAGGCGCCUGUGGGGAGCUCCAUCCUGGUGCAGUGCCACUACCGACCCCAGGACCUCAGGGCUCGAAAGGUGUGGUGCCGGUUCCUGCAGGGGGUAUGCCAGCCCGUGGUGUCGUCAGUGGUGGACCGCCGGACCCCGGCUGGCAGCCGCAUCUUUCUCACCGACCUGGGGGGUGGCCUGCUCCAGGUGGAGAUGGUUACCCUGCAGGAGGAGGAUGCCGGGGAGUACGGCUGCCUGGUGGAGGGGGCCUCGGGGCCCCAGACUGUGCACAAAGUCACUCUGGACGUGCUCCCUGCAGCUCCUGGCCUGGAGGAGGAGGAGGAGACCUAUCAGGUUGGGAGUCUGGCUGACAGCUCUUCGGACCCUGCGGGCAGUGCCAGCCCUUUGGAUUCCGGCCUGGAUAAGAAGAGCAGACUCUUGAUUUGGGGUGCUGUGUUCCUGCUGGGCCUGCUGGUGGUGGCAGUGGUGCUGUUUACCAUGAUGGCAAGAAGGAAAGGGAACAGGCUUGGUGUCUGUGGACAGUUUCAGAGCAGUGGCAUCUCAGGCCUGGCCUCCUCCCCGGGGGUCCACCACUCCGGCGACACUGGACCAGCUGCUGACUUGCCCUCGGACAUCCCAUACGUUAGGCUCGACUCGCCACCUUCCUUCGACAAUACCACCUACACCAACCUGCCUCUUGAUCCCCUGCCGGAGAAGCCCCCAUCCCCAUCUUCUUUUCCUCCUCUGCCUCCUAAGGUCAUGACCUCCAAGCCUGUGACAUAUGCCACAGUUGUCUUCCCUGAAGGGGACAAGAGUGGAAGAGCCUCCUGCGAGCCAGUCCAGGACCCACCUAACAGCCAGACUCCACCCAGCUAAGCCGCUCCCCAUCCUGUAAACUCAGAGAUCAUCCCCAGUCUUCAGUGUAGCCAUCCAUGCAGCCUGCACCCUAGAUCCCCUGGGUAUCAGGGCAACUAGGGGCUUUAGGACCUGAUCUAAUGUCUGGACUUUCCUGACCCGGUAGGUGGUACUUGGAAUGACUGAGGUGUCUCGGGAAGCCCCCCUGCCCCAUGCUAGUACCCCUGCCAUUACAAUACUGGGCUAAAUAAACUCUACCUGAUAAUA